AUGUCGGUACCCGCAGCGUCUUCGACGUCCAUCACCCCCGAGAUGGCGUCUGGCAGCCUCCACCACGCCGCCGCUGCCCAGCCGGGAACGCCUCGCCCUUACCUCUACGUCGGCAACCUCAGCCCGCGGGUCACCGACACCAUGCUGCACGAGAUCUUCAGUGUGGCCGGCCCCGUUCAGUCCGUCAAGAUCAUCCCGGACCGCAGCUUCACCCAGGGCGGGUUGAGCUACGGCUUUGUCGAGUACGUCGACAUGCGCUCGGCGGAGGCGGCGGUGCAGACGCUCGACGGGCGCAACAUCUUUGACAGCGAGAUCACUGUCAAGUGGGCCAAGCAGUCGCACCACCCUAGCCUGCAGAGCGCCGAGCACUCGGAGAGGGAGGAGGGCACCGGCAACUACCACGUCUUUGUCGGAGACCUGAGCCAGGACGUCACCGACGCCGUGCUGCGCCAGGCCUUUUCGGGCUUCCCCAGCCUGGCCGACGUGCGGGUCAUGUUCGACAUGGUCACCGGCAAGUCGAGGGGCUACGGCUUCGUCAGCUUCACCACCAAGGCCGACGCAGAGCAGAGCAUCGCCACCAUGAACGGCGAGUGGCUCGCAGGCCGCGCCAUCCGCCUCAACUGGGCGCACGCCAAGUCGCAGGGCGGCAUCCGAGUCUCUUCUGCGGCCACCAACACCACCACCCAUCCCGUCAUAUUCGGCACAGCGGGUAUGGGGAUGGGCAUGGCGAUGCCCAUGGCCGGCGGGAUCGGCAUGGCGAUGCCCAACGGCCGCCAAGCCAUGCUCGGCAUGCCGGGCAUGGCGGGGCCCAUGAUCCGCAUGGCGCCGGGCGUGGCGAUGCCCAUCCAGGCCUUCAGCCCCGCCGUCCUGGGCAACGUCACCACCACCACCAACGGCAAUGGUCACGGUACGCUGCACAUCAACGGCGGCGCCAUUGCGCUGCAGCAACAGCAGCAGCUCGGCCAGCCGCUGUCCUACGAGCAGGUCCUCGCGGCGACGCCGCCCAACGUGACGACUGUCUACCUCGGCAACCUGGCCCCGUUCACGACGCAGAACGACCUGAUGACCCUAAUGGCUCCGUUCGGCUUCGUCAUCGAGGUGCGGAUCCAGGCGGAUCGCGGGUACGCCUUUGUCAAGCUCGACAGCCACGAGCACGCCGCCAACGCCGUCUACUCGCUCGGCGCCAACGGAUGCUCGGUGCACGGCAGGCCCGUCAAGGUGUCGUGGGGCAAGGAGCGCAACGAGUCGGCCAGCAACACGGCCGUAAUCGCCGCCAACGCUGCCAUCGGCGGCAGCGUCAAUGGGCAGAACGGAGGCUACGGCAACAUGGGCUAUGGCGUUCAGCCCGCCGCUCAAUCCUAUGGCUUCAACGCCGUCAACAACAAUACCACGGGCAGCAACCACGCUCACGGCAGCGCCUUUCCGCAACCCACGCUGCCCAACAUGACUGGCUGA